AAAAGCACAAGCUACCCUUGUCAACGUUUCCAUCCACCUACACCAUCACAAAUACCUUGCUUCCGUUUCCAUUAGAGAGAGAAAGCCACUCAGCAACAGACACCAUCAAUGGCUACCACUAAAGUUUACAUUGUUUACUAUUCUAUGUACGGACAUGUUGAGAAGCUAGCUGAGGAGAUUAAAAAAGGGGCAGCUUCCGUGGAAGGAGUAGAAGCAAAGCUAUGGCAGGUACCUGAAACACUACCUGAAGAAGUCCUUGGGAAGAUGGGAGCACCUCCAAAGAGUGAUGUGCCAAUUAUUACACCCAAUGAGCUACCUGAGGCUGAUGGUUUAUUGUUUGGUUUUCCCACAAGAUUUGGACUUAUGGCUGCUCAAUUUAAAGCUUUUCUGGAUGCAACUGGAGGCCUAUGGCGUACACAGGCACUAGCAGGAAAGCCUGCAGGAAUCUUUUACAGCACUGGUUCUCAAGGAGGUGGACAAGAGACUACUCCGUUGACAUCUAUUACUCAGCUUGUUCACCAUGGGAUGAUUUUUGUGCCCAUUGGUUACACAUUUGGUGCUGGGAUGUUUGAGAUGGAGAAGGUGAAGGGUGGUUCCCCUUAUGGUGCAGGUACCUAUGCUGGGGAUGGCUCCAGACAACCUUCUGAGUUAGAAUUGGCUCAAGCUUUUCAUCAGGGCAAGUACUUUGCUGGCAUUGCAAAGAAGCUCAAGGGAUCUCAGUGAUUUUUAUUCUCUAUACAGCUCAAGCAAAAAAGAGUGAUGUGCAUCAUAUUAUUCAGUUUCUAUUUCUCAUUAUGUUGAACACAAUAAGAUGUUAAUAAGAGAGAGAGUGAGAGUGAGAGAGAAAAUAAUUAAUACUUGGGUUGAAUACAGUUGUGUUGUCACUUAUCAUAGUGUAUCCUGAAAUACAAUUUUAUUGUCAAUAACAGGAAUUUGGCAAUUGUUACCAUUUUCAUUGA